AUGACACGCAAGAUCCUUGAACCUUUCCCACCAUUUAACGAGUGGACGGUGCCCUGCUGCACACUGUCCGGUUACAAGCGGGCUCCGGGCCGGCCACGCCUCGGCAAGUGGGGUUUGUUUGAUAAUGGCAUUCACGAUGAACGAACCGAUAAGCAGCGUCCACCCCACAAUGACAAUGCCAAUGCCACAAAGAGCUGA